CGAAAAAAUAACGCAACGCAUCGUCGCGUAAUCCGAUCUCUGCCUUUGCUGCAGUAGAUGCAUUAGUGGUUUUUCUCGCGUAAAACUGGCUAAUUUUCAUCAUCCAAAUACCCCACUCGAAUAAGAAGGGCAUACUGUGUUGUUUGUUUUACUAAAAACUGGUUUUGUGCAAUCGAUUGCGACAAAGUGAGUGUUGGGCGCUGAUCAAGGGGAAUCGAGAAAUUGCGAUUUUCCUCAGUUGGAAGUCGCCUCUGAGGUUUUUGUUGUGGAGAACCAGCAACGCAGGGUGAAAAAUAAUGACGGAUGAUUCAUAAUAGUCCCAAUUUUUUUCCGCCUCAUCUGUGUGUUGGCGCUACCCUUUGAAUCUGAUUCAGAACGUUGUGGAAAGCUGAAGCAAAAGGCUUCCCCACUCGAGCAUUUCUAUGUGUGUAAAUUAAGUCGCCAGAAGAUUGUGUAUAUUAUAGGUACAUGGCUAUUUGAACCUAUAGAGCUGAUUAGAGCCGCUAUUUCCCAUAAGGUCCGAGUGACGACGGAUUUACGACGUAGGAAAUCUAUCUUCCAUCUGUGAAAAAAGUGCGCGGGUGUAUUCCGUCUGGCUUUAAUUGUGGGGUGGUGUUUGGGGUUUGAUAAAAUCAGGUGCUAGGAAAAGUCUCAUAAGUGCUCUGCCAGAAAAAAUUGAUUUCGAAAUCGAUUGGGCACAACUCUGGUGGCUAUAAUUGACGUCCCACCUACGCAACCAGAAUCAACUGAUCAUUUCCGAGAGAAAAUAACCGAAAUGACUUCGUUCUUCAACGUCGGUGCCCUAGGGGGGAACCCAUUUUCAACCCCAGUUGGACAGCGGAUUGAACAAGCAACCGAUGCUAGUCUCGCCUCGGAAAACUGGGCCCUGAACAUGGAAAUAUGCGACAUGAUAAACGAAUCCUCCGAUGGGCCCCGUGACGCGAUGAAGGCCAUUCGCAAACGGCUAACCCAAAAUGCUGGGAAAAAUCACACCGUCAUUAUGUACACGUUGACGGUGCUGGAAACUUGCGUCAAGAACUGCGGCAAGCCAUUCCACGUGCUAGUGGCCAACAAGGAGUUCAUCCAGGAGCUGGUGAAGUUGAUUGGUCCCAAGAAUGAUCCACCGCCCAUCGUGCAGGAAAAAGUGCUGAGCCUGAUCCAGAUCUGGGCCGACGCUUUCCGUUCCCAGAGCGAUCUGAACGGAGUGGUUCUCGUGUACCAGGAGCUAAAAAAUAAAGGUAUCGAGUUUCCGGCCACGGAUUUGGACUCCCUGGCGCCAAUCUACACGCCGCAAAGGAGUGUACCGGAUGGGGCUGCCACGGAGAGUAGCAUAUCGCCACAUCACGCUUCCCAAACUCCCGGCUCGCCGGCUGUACCUUCAACGUUUCUUUGUCAGAUGCCACCGCCUUCGUCCAUGUCACAGGAUCAGAUAGCGAAACUGCAGUCGGAACUGGAUAUCGUUACCAUGAACAUGACCGUGCUGGGGGAUAUGUUGACGGAACUGCAGCCGGGCCAGGAGAGUCCGUCCGAUUAUCUGCUGCUGACCGAUCUGGUCAGCACCUGUCGGGAAAUGCAAAACCGCAUCGUCGAGCUGAUCGGCAAGGUGAGUCACGAUGAGUUGACGGCCGAGCUGUUGCGGCUCAACGAUGAACUCAACAACCUCUUCCUGCGGCACGCUCGGUUCGAGAAGAACCGGGACCCCAACAGUGCAGCCUCCAACACUCCGUCGGCCAUUUUGGGUGCGGCAAUGGGUGUCCCGCCGGGAGGUACCGAGAAACCGGGGCCCGGUGCCGGCGACAAAAAGGAAUCCCUCAUUGAUUUGGACGACGAGGCGGCCGCAGGUGGCCUCAGCUCUCAGCUUGCCGGACUCAACCUUGGUGGUGCUAGCACGACCACCUCCCAGAUUUCGCAGCUGAACACCGUAUCGGCACAAUCGGGUGGAACGGCAGGAGGACCAAUCAACAAACCACGAGCUGCCAAUCCACCGGAUGUUGUAACCGAUGAGUUUGAUAUUUUUGCGCAGUCUCGAAAUACCACCGGAGACACCAAGGACACUGCUCCCGUAGAUCUACUUGGACAAGCGAAGCCGACCUCAAUGAACACACGGGAUGCCGAGUUUGACGAAAUGGAACAAUGGCUAGAAAACUCGCACGAUGAUCUCGAAAAGGCUUCCGGAAAUGGAGGAUCAAGUGCAAACGGUAGUGGUGGCACCGGCCCUGGUCUGGAGGAAAGUCUUACCAGUAAAGAGUUUGAAAAGUUUCUUGCCGAACGAGCUGCUGUGGCCGACAAUUUGCCUACCAUCUCCAGCCAAAUUGGUUCCGGUGCAGGGACGGGUGGCCAACAGCAGCAGCAAUCCGGCGCCAAAUCGGACCGGAAAAAGAAGGACGACGACGGGCUGUUGGCGCUGUGAACGGCAAGCAGUCAGCGGUAAUUAUUUAUGUUGUAUAAUGGUAAGUGAAGUAAAGUUUUGGGUAUAAGAUGUAGGCUUAGUUCAAGCGCAGUCAUUUUGUGAUAGAUGUUUCUUUACCAUGAGAUGCAUUUUGCAGUCAAAAUUGUUCAAAGAAGUUCUGUGGUUAUUUUCAAUUGAAAGUACGUUUUAUAGUUGAUAAUCGGAAAGUGUCAGUAUAAGAGGUGUUUCUUUAAAUCAGAAAGCAGAAUUUAGACAUGCCAUAUUUUCCAAAUAACAAAGGUUACAACCUAAACUUUUUCAAAGAUUGUUUUACUCUAUGAUUUUAUCGAAAUUUUACAACAUAAAGGCCAAAGUUAAUGUUUUUUAUUAUAAGCACUUUUUAUCCGGUGGAAAAAAACAUAACUCAAAUUACAAUUGAAAGAUUAACUAACUGAACUCAGAUUCGAUCUAUAACUGCACCUAGUGCGACCAAGAUGAUGCAGACUGAUAAGUCGAAAUAGGACAUGUUAUUUAAAAUAAUCUAUCUGUAUUUUAUAACACAUUCAAACAACAGCACUAUUCCAGCUAAACUCAAAUUUUAUCAUACAGAAGCGUUUUAGUUUAUUUUAGACACUAUGUCUACUUAUUUGAGCAAACAAAUUUAAACAGUUUGUGAACUUUGAUCGCUGAGUUGGCUAAGGUGAGUCAUUGGAUUGUAGAAAUUCUGCACCACCACACACAGUCUGUACUGGCUAGUCCUUAUUGAUGAUAUAGAAAAUGGCGAGAAAAAAAUACGUUAUUUUAAGACACAAACAAAAUAAAAACAGAAGAUUGUAGAAUAGUUUAAAAUAAACUGAAAAAAAUUAUUGAGUAUAAACGAAGCAAAUGUAAAACGAUACUACUAAUAUAUUAAACUAGAGAAAAAAAAUCAUUCAACAACAUCAAAAACAGCCCUAAACAUGAAUAAAAUUACCUUCAAAGACGAAA